UCGUCGUCAGUCCGCGGAACGAUUUUUUUACGGAGGAUUAUUCGCGACUUUGUGGCCGAUCCCCGCGGGUCCACCCCCGUACGAUGUGAUUAGGUUUUAAGGCGAACUAGGCAACACCCCCGGGAAACGGAAAUAUGGCCAGCGCCAGCGAAAGUUCGGACGAGUUUUUCGACGCGGAAGAAAUCGAUGACAAUAUCGCACCCAGCCUCGGCGGCAGUGGCAGCAAGAAACGUUCCCCAAAAACGCACACCGAUCAGCCGCAGCAGCCAUCGGAACCGGAGUUUCGCUUUCCGGACGCUCCUCCGGCACCGCCAGCGGUGCCGUCCAGCCAGGGUCUACCGCGGCCAACGACGGUACCGGUGCAACAGCUCCAGCCCCAGCAAGUCCUGCACCAUGGCCGGGACGAGAACAAGUUUGUUGAACCGCAAACGUAUCGAGGUAGACAGCGAUUUCGUGACCUGCGUCAGUGCAUGCAAAAUGACGAAGACGAGAAUCCUGGCAAUACACUAACACCUGACUCACAGAACAGUUCUGUCGAAGGCGUGUACACGUCGUCCACGUCGCGAACGACGCACCCCUUCCGAGUGAUCGAGGGCGAUGCGCUCAGCAUCCAGAGCAUGACUUCGCUGGGGCGAGUUGGCCGGAUCCUGGCGGGGAGCGUGAGCGUUGAUGCCGGAGCGUUGAGCGUUGGCAAAGACUCGCUGUACCUCGCGGGAUCGACCUCUUCGGCGCCGCAGUCGCUCGUGGCGGUACCCGCUUCGUCCUCGCGGGAAACCCAGCUCAGCGGGAACUCCUCGGUGGCGUCCAGCAGUGGUAACGUGCCGCAGGCAGGUUUGGAAAGUGUGGCGGCAGCAACCACAUCGACGAGGUAUGAUUCCGGUGGGGAAGCUGGAAACGGGCCGUCGUCGAUGACGACGUCUACGGGAGGUAACGAUGGCGAGUACCGGAGAAACAUGAACGUUCCGUUGCAAGAACCGGACGUGAUCGCCAGCACCAAGCUAGCGCACUCGAAAACGACCGACAGCCUCACCUGUUCGGGCCCGAUCGCGCCGCCCCGGCGGAAAAAGAAAACCCGCAAGCUGUCGAGCAGCUCGUCCGAGCAGUUCAACAUGAACGAAGGGUUGCGGCUUCCGCCGGCGGACAGUUCCUCGACGGAGUUGACCGUCAAGCUACCGAUCGCCGCUAUCGAGCGCAGCUCGGAGUCCGCUCCGACGGAACCGACGAGCGCGCUGGAGUCCAUUACACGAGAGCUUGCGAGUUCAAUCAACGGUUCCGUAGCGUCAGGUAAGGUUCCGGAACCAGUGGCGCCUCCGCCGGUCGUUGCGACCAGCUCGGAACAACCGACCCGCAAGCCGGUGACCGGCUCGAUGGGUCGCAUCUCGAACUCGCUCGGAAAUUCGUCCAACUCGGUCAACUCGAAGCCGAGCCCGUCGAACAGUGUGAAGAGCAACUCGGCGCCGGCGCGGGUCAGCUCGAUCGACCCCCACGGGCACGGGUUGAACAUCUACAAGGCGAUCAAGGGCCAGUACGUGGUGAAGCCGACGGAUGGUGCAUUUAACAAGGCCGAGGGUCCUUCGCGGGAAGAGAUUGAACGCGUCGAGCGGAUACGGCAGGAGAUUAUGGGCAAUACGGCGUCGACGAGAGCUAGCCUGUCCGGGACGGGGACGAACAGCUUGGGCAGCGGCACGAGGUACAGCUCCUCGUUGGCCAAGCACAUGCACCUGAAGGAGCGACGGAAAUCGGCGGGCGAUGAAGACAUGUUCAAGCAGUUGAACAUCUACGUCAAGACGAGGACGGAUUCUGGGAAGCAGCUGACCGAUAUGGAGAUCCUGGAGCAGAUUCCGGUGAAGAACUUGGACACGGGAGAGAACUUCCCGCUUUCAGCGGUAGAGGAGAAGUUACCGCAGUGCAUCAACCCGCUGUCACUGCACAUCAUGCGACUCACCAGUCACAUCCCGGAGUCGGACGAGGAGUCGGUGGGACCUCCCCCCGGUUCGGAAGCUCCUCCAGGAUACGACGAAGAGCUGGAGAUCGAGGAAGAGGGUGGUCGACUGAAGAAGAAAACCGCCAAAAUCAAGCGCUUCUUCCGAUCUACGGCGAAAAAGACCGUCGACAAGGCGAAAUCGAUCGCGUCGGAAGUUUCGCACGCGAGGCACAAAGAGGACGUCGCGGACAUCGAGGACGUCGUCAACCCGGAGCAGAACAUCAAAAUCAAAGCGUCCAGCACGAACAAGGGCCCGUACGAGUUUGCCAAGCUGCAGCACGUGCAAGACCUGUCCGGCGAGCACACCGGUGCCGUCUGGUGCAUGAAGUUCAGCUCGUGCGGUCGCCUCUUGGCCACCGCCGGUCAGGAUCGCGUCCUUCGAAUCUGGGUCCUAAAAGACGCGUACCACUUCUUCCAGGACAUGCGCACAAAGUACAACGCAGCCGACCAGAAGAGCUCCCCAACACCCUCCCAAGAAUCGCUAGUCUCGCACCACUCCGCGGAAGAGGCCAUUGCGCUGGCCAUAGCCGCCGAGAAAUCCCCCGGACCGUUCAUGCCGCGCUCGUUCUGCACCUACUCCGGCCACACCUCGGACCUGCUGGACGUGUCCUGGUCCAAGAACUACUUCAUCCUGUCCAGCUCGAUGGACAAAACCGUCCGCCUGUGGCACAUUUCGCGCAAAGAGUGUCUCUGCUGCUUCCAACAUAUCGAUUUCGUGACGGCGAUCGCGUUCCACCCGCGCGACGACCGGUACUUCCUCAGCGGCAGCUUGGACGGCAAGCUGCGCCUCUGGAACAUCCCCGACAAGAAGGUCGCUUUGUGGAACGAAGUGGACGGCCAGACCAAGCUGAUCACGGCGGCAAACUUCUGCCAGAAUGGCAAGUUUGCCGUGGUCGGCUCGUACGACGGGCGCUGCCUGUUCUACAACACCGACCAGCUGAAGUACCACACGCAGAUUCACGUGCGAUCGACGCGUGGCAAAAACGCGAUCGGUCGCAAGAUCAGCGGGAUCGAACCGAUGCCGGGUGAGGACAAGAUCCUGGUCACGUCCAACGACAGCCGCAUCCGCCUGUACGACCUGCGCGAUCUGAACCUGAGCUGCAAGUACAAGGGCUACCUGAACGUGUCCUCGCAGAUCAAGGCGUCCUUCUCGCACGACGGCAAGUACAUCAUCUCGGGCUCCGAGAACCAGAUGAUCUACAUUUGGAAGACGCACCACGACUACGCCAAGCUGAGCUCGGUUCGUCGCGAUCGCAGCGACUUUUGGGAGGGCAUCAAGGCGCACAACGCGACCGUGACGUGCGCGAUCUUUGCGCCCCACCCGGAGGCGAUCAUCAAGCCCGAGCCGGACGACGAAAUUGCGGCCGAUAAUAUCUCCAUCACUCAUCCGGCGGAUCCGCUCGUCGAGCAGCGCAAGAAGGGCUGCGGCGGCUACGUGCUGGUAAGUGCCGACUUUAACGGUUGUAUCAAAGUGUUUAUCAACAAGACCAAACCAAAGCACAGCAGCUUGCCAUACACCGCGAUACUCGACUAGGACGGAAAGACUUUUAAGGUGGGGUGUGUGGUGCUGGUCGCGACCACGGUUCCUGGGGUAGCUAAUCAAGAUUUUUCGAGAGUAGACGCGCAAUGAUAUUAUAACUGAUGUGUUGUGCAUAGUUGCUAGUACGCGAAACAAUUAUUGGCGGCGCUGCAAUGUUUUUUCGAAUCGGUUUGCACGGAGAGGCACACUCAACACCAACUAUUGUUAGAAGAAGACGCUUGUGUGGAGGGAGGAAAGAGACAGCAUUUGUUGGGAUACGCAUGCAUCACAGAGAAUCAAAAGAAAAUCGGGAAGUGCAGUUAUAUUGACAGAACGAGAGAGAGAACACGAUUUGAUAGAGCUCAUUUUUAAAAGCAACGGUUUCGUUUACAGUUUUGAUGUGUUAGUUCAGUGUUGUGUUCCCUCUUCCACCACCACUACCAGCGCAAAAGGAAUUACCAAUUUCCCUCUCUCACACCCACACACUAAUUCAACCUCUGGACAACUCCAAUUUAACGUGUUUGUAAAGUUUAAUAUCGUUUUUGUGCGUCCUGCAGAGCAAAAGCAUUUGACGUUAGUUCAAACACACUAAAGCAAAAC